GAGUCCCGCUGGCGCUAUGAUGUUACGCUAGGUUGUCCAAUAAUCUUGUACAGAAUCUGGUAAUAUGGUUGAAUUCAUGAUUUCUAAUCAGCACAAUAAUGCUGCUGUUUCGUACGCAUACAAUCCAGCGAAUAGGCAACAGAGACAAAUACAGAUUGUUGAUGCUAAUUCGUUGCAGCCUUUAUCAGAAUCACUCGUAAAUGAAGAAUUUAAACGUGACGAAAUUCCAGUUCAAAAUGCUCAAGUGGUUUAUGGAACUCCUGCUGCCGGCUUUGCACCAGUGGUUGGGCAAAAUGUUCAGCUAGUUUCAUCAGUACCUAAUACAAUAGAAUUAGCGAAUAAUGCAUAUGAUUCGUCAAUGGUUGUCCCUCAAGAGCCUCCGCAGGCAGGCUUGGAUAUCGAACCCAUUGAUUUGGAAGAGGUUCAGAAAAUCCAGGCUCGCAUGCCAGCUGCUGAUCCAAAUGCUCCUGUGGGUUCAAAUAAAAACCCCAUUAGAAUUAUACAGCAAGGAAACCAGUACAUAACUACACAAGAUGUAUCCGACGAACACUUGCAACAGAUCAUUCAAGUCCUAACAAAUCAAGCAUUACUGUCAAGUAGCGGUUCUCGACCAAGUGCAAUUUAUAAUCGUCUCACAAAUCGUCGCAUUAUAUUUCGUGUAACACGUGCAAAGCGUCGUCAUGACGAUGGUAAUACUGGAGCUACAGCACUAAGUGGCGAGAGAAAUAGAUCCAGCAUUACUGUUAAAAGUGAGAAAAAAAGUCGAGCUGGUCGACCUAUUGGACGAAAACGUAGAAAACGUGGUUCAGAUGAGGAAGAUCCUGACUUUGAACCUGAGGUGCCGGAAGAAGAAGUUUUACCAUUUCCAUUAAUUAGACGGACAUCUGCUUCUGGUCGUGUAUCAAAGCCUCCAAAACACUUGGUUAAGGACUAUAAACAUUUGCGUCUAGAAGACCUGACAUCUAAACCGGAGUCAAGUGAAGAAGAUGAGCACUCCGAUGGAGGUUACUCUGAUUAUAUUAACGAUGGACUUUCGGAUGAAGGUUGGUCCGAAGAUGGCACGAAUAGAAGUUUACGUUGGCCAUGUCCCUUGUGCACUAAAGUGUUCACUUCUCGUGCUGGAGUCGCACGACAUCGAAGUAUUGCUCAUGGACCAAACCGUGGUAGACCUCGGGGCCGUUGGGCCAAUCCAUACAUGGCUAGUGUUCGACGUAGAGCCAAAUUGAAAGAGGCUGUCUCUGAAGCUACAGACGAUGAUUUAAUUGAAUUUGUUGCACCACGUUUGUGUAAAUUAAUUAGUCCAUGGGAUCAUCUACUUUUACGUUCAGAGCAUGGUAAUCCUCCUCUUCCUCAAGUUCCUCGUGUUGUUUUGGAUUACUUGAGUUUAGUAGAACGUGCUCGAUCAUUUCUCUGCGAUCAAUUAGAACCACGGACAUCAAAAAAAUCGAAGCACUCAAAUGAAAUGAAUUCAGAAAAUCAAAAAGAUGGUGAAGACGAUAACGAUGAAACAAGUAGCUCUUCGAAGAAUAAGGAAAAUUGUUCUGAGGUAAAAUCACAAGAUAAAUCCAAUGCUCAAUCGAAUGGGGCUCACAAUGAUGAUGAGGAUGAUGCCGAGGAAGAAGAAGAAGAAGAUGAUGAUGAUGGUGCAAUCAUAGUUAAGGUGGAUACAGAGGAACAGUCUGCUGCUUUAGGUCUGCCUUGUGGUAAAUACAUCGUGAAAGAACCAUUACGUGAAGAAUACCUGCCUAGGCGUUUCCGAUCAAUAUUGGCAGCUCAAAGAGCAAAUGCAGCAGCAGCGGCUGCAUCUGAUUCUGAUAAGGGUAGUGUCGGGCAUCAGAAACGUGCCGUGGUUGCCAUGGAGACGGCUGAGGAUGAUGAGGUCGAUGCAACUUUGCGCAGUGACAUUGCCUCUACAGAAGACUCAGUUCAACACUUUGGCGAUGCUGCUGUUUCAAAUCAAGCUGAAAAUAAUUCUCAAAAUAUUGUGUCAUUGGGCGAGGAGUUACUUCUCCUUCCAGAGGGAGGUUUAGGUUGUCCAGUACCUGAUGAAUGGCUUACCAGCGGUGCUUUCCUCACAGUCCUGACAGAGAAUGGUCAAACUAGUGAUUUGGUUAUGGAAGCCGCCACUGGCCGUCUAUUUCAUCGCCCCACGGGUCAUCUUGUCAGUCUAGCUGAUUCUCAGCAAGCAAAUCAAUCAGAAGUCGAUUUUCAGGGUGAAAGUUAUGAAUACGAAUCAACCAAUGUUGAACAAAAAACUAAGGCAGUAACAGCUCCUAAACAACCAAGUUCAGAUAGACGCAAAGGUGCAUCUUCAAAGUCAAAAGCGCCAUCAAAAUCUCAAACCAAUGAAGAAUCUGAAAUUAACAAUGAUGAUAUCUUAUCACAACAAGAACAAAUACUCGCUCAACUGGCUGAAAAUGGAGAUGUGGUUGAUCUCAACACCCUUUUUCCUGGUGUAUCUGUUACAGAAGUGUCACCUGGUGUAUGUUUGGUUACUAAACCAAAUGGAGACCGUUUCAAUGUAAGUUAUACAAACCAUUUUAUUUAUUUAUUUAUUUGAACACAUAAAUAUUGGUACAGGGGGGCACCAAAUAUAUAUGCGCCACACGAAACAAUGAUAAUUUAAAGAGAAGGAGAAAAGAGAAAAAAAAGUAACGAACGUGGGGAAUUAUAAAAAGAAAAGAAAGAGAGAGAGAACAAUGGUGGGGGAAACGGUAAGGUACAAUCAGAAGAGAUCUUUCAGUUAAGGAAGAUACAACCACUUUUUAUGAAGAAAGUAAAAGAAGGUUACAGCAGGAUCGCCACUGGCUUCUAUUCUGAGCCAUAUCUGAUAACGUCUCUAGCCACUGCGUUACACCGUCUCUCGGACCCCACCCAGGGAGUCGUGAAGGACCAACAGAAGCUAGCCCUUUGCAGCUUUCUUUCAUACCACGACACCAUGUCAUAUACUGACCACCUCUCCGCUUUUUCCAACCAGUCCCAGAGUCGGCAAAUAAUGCACGACGAGGAAUUCUCCGGGACGACAUUCGUAGAACAUGUCCAAGCCACCGAAGUCGGUGUUUCAAGAUGGUGACACCAAUUUCAUUAUCGUCUCUGUGCCCGAACACUCGAUGCCGAACCUCUGCAUUACUGACAUGGUGUUGCCACUGGAUGCCAGCAAUCCUUCGGAGACAACGAUGAUCGAACACAGAGAGUCGUUUAACAUCCUCAACUCGGAGAGGCCAGGUUUCACAAGCAUAGAGCAAAACUGCUCUCACCGUCGCGUUGUAUAUCCGACCUUUUACAGCCGGACUAACAUCACGAAGGCGCCAAAGAUGGCUCAGAUUGGCAUAAGCCGCUCUGGCUUUCACUAUACGUGCAUUGAUCUCAUCACUCACGCCACCACCAGCACUUAUGCAGCUACCUAGAUACACGAACUUCUCGACCACUUCUAUCUGCUCACCGUCCAGCGUGAGUACAGGAUUAGAAUCCUGCCAGUCUUGUAGAAGUACUUUGCACUUCGAAGGUGCGAGGCACAUACCAUACCUACGGACAUUGAUUGCCAACUGAUUAAGUGCGGAUUGCAUGGCUUGAACAUUCUCGCACAGUAAGACAAUAUCAUCCGCAUACUCAAGGUCGAGAAGUCUUUGCUUCAGAUUAUACAGACCAUAUUGACUGUUGCCUCAAUGUUUUAAAGAAAAUACUCAUAUCACCUUCUGUAACUUAUUAGUUCCAUUAGAAGUUUACUUUUUAGCCUCCGUAGUGUAAAUGUUACACGUGUAACUUCUGAAUCUUUGCACAUUUCAACCUUAAAUUUUAACCAUCAUUCCGAUAUCUUUUUUAUGUUUUAAAUUUCCUAGUCGUAAAGGUACUUUCAUUCUAUUAUACGACACAAGUACAUUGAUUUAAUUUUCUACGUUAAUCAAUAUCCCAUAAACAGCUAGCUAACAAAGAUCAUAAGCCGACAUAAGACUGAUUGGUAUUUACUAUAUCAUUUGAUAAAAAGAGAAUUAAUAUAAACUUGUGUAACUGGCCAAACUAGCAGUAGAAAUUGAAUAGCAUAACAUUAUUUGUAUGUGACUCAGGAUUUAGUAAAUUUCCAUCACUCAUCAGUUUAAUCUCUUAUGUGAGUUCCUCAACUAUCAGUACAUCUCAAUAGACGCUUAUAUUUCGUUUAUUUAACAGUCAAUGACUAUGUUGGUGUCGUAUUCUGUUGUUAGAGUAUGAGAAUGUUAUUCAUAUUUUUUAGUCAUUGCUAUCAAUUCAGAUGAAAGAUUAUGUUGAGGGGUUUAGUUAGCACAAAUAAUCAAGUACCCCAUUAUCUUCUCAUAUCUCUUAUUGACACCUUAUUAAUAUUCGAUAUAAUAAAGGUUAUCACAUAGUUCUAAUAAUCUUUGUCUUCUUAUUACUCUAUUCAAAUUUAUCAAAGGGACUAAUUGCUUCAAAUAGUCAAGUGAAUUGCUGAAAUUUGUAUUUGGCUUAUGUUAUAAUUUCUCUUAUUACGACCCAGCUAUUCCUAUUGCUUAGUAUUCUUCGACACAGAUUCACUCGAUAAGUCCCCAAAUUAGAACACAGUUGAACAGGAAAGAAAUUAUAUUCCAAAUAACAAGGGUGAAUGGAAGUAAGAAGCUCAAUAAGAGAGACGUUUGUAUAUUUAUAGUUUUUACAUGGCAAGCUUCUAGAGUCUUCUCUAAGUAUCGACUAGCGCUGAUUGGAUUAGAAACAGCCAAUCGGCGUGCACCAACACAUUCGCUCACGAAACAUGAUUUAAUCCAAUUUAUGUCCCGCUAACAGCAUGUAUCCAAUUAUACGUGGAUUAACAGUAAGUAGUCAACUGAUAAUGUCGCAAACACACAUGCGUUCAUAUAAACGUUCUGUAACUUUAAAAAAAUUAGCGUAUGCCCAGUUUUUUUCUUUAAAGAUGUGACUAUAAGUUAAGUUAAAUAUCACUUUGAAUACUUUCCAAUGAUCAAUCUAUCGCUUAAAUUGAGGAUCACUACACUUAUUUCCAAACAGUAUAUCCCUAAUGUUAUUCAUGUAUCAUCUUCAAGUGUAAAAAUGUAUGUAAUAUCAACCAAAACAUAAAAACCGAGUCUGUCACCACACUAGUUUGCACAGCGUCCUUGUUAUUUCUGUUGGUCACAUUUUACUUCAUAAAUGUUAUAAGUGUAAUAAAAUUUAGUUAAUUCAAAACUGUUUAAUUUUAACACUACUUAGGUUGAACAUGGUGGCGAAGGAAUAACUUUGGAAACGUUACAAGCUAUCUUGCAAAUGGAUGCAUAGUUGAUUUUUGCGGGUGUUGAAAAACUGUUAAUCUCUUGUAAAUAGACAAUCAGUCUGUUUUUUUAUUCAUCGAAAUCCCAUGCUCACUCUCAUAAAUCUCAAUGUUAACCUAUUUAUUUCUCACCAAUAUUUAUUAUGUAUACUUAGAUUCAUGUGUAUUUAAACUAAUAUCCCAUUUUCCACAUGUACAAAAGAUUACUCACUUCCUGCACUUUGUAAGGGUUUUUCCAUUGAUAUAUAUGAGGUAAUCUGCUUUUUAUUCCAAACAUUAUAUUUUGAGUUCAUUUAUGUGUGUAUUUGUACCAUUCUCUGUACUAUUUCCAAUAAACUAUGUUAGUUACUA